CGAUCCAGUUGACAUUGAAAACGCCAACAUGAAUUUCAAUUUUAUAAAAUGUAUAAACUUCGUAGUUAUUGGUAAUUUAUUUUUAAUCAAUAUAAUCGUCUGUUUUGAAAUUAAAGCAAACGAGGAAUAUGGUUUGUGCCAAGACAGAGAGCUAGCCGUUAGAUUCAAGAGAACCGUUCAGACAGACGAGGGCACGGCGACGACUGCCAUAAACGAAGACAUUGAUGGAAAACAAUCUGCAAACCAAAGUUUGACACCUAUGAAUAGUACAGAUGAGCCGUGCGUUGGCUCGCCGGAGUUUUGCAAUCUAACCAAAGAAGAAUAUGUGAAGAUGUUGCACGAGUACAUCUACCCUCAGACGUACGAGUGGGUGCUGAUAGGCACGCACUCCGCAGUUUUCGUCAUAGGGCUAGUAGGCAAUGCGCUGGUCUGCAUCGCGGUGUACAGAAACCACACCAUGAGAACGGUCACCAACUACUUCAUCGUAAACUUGGCGGUCGCCGACUUUAUGGUGAUAUUGUUCUGUCUACCGCCGACUGUACUGUGGGAUGUCACUGAGACUUGGUUUCUAGGAGACGCGCUUUGUAAGAUACUGCUGUAUUUUCAGUCUGUGUCAGUGACGGUGUCUGUGCUGACGCUGACGUUCAUCUCGCUGGAUCGCUGGUACGCCGUCUGCUUCCCGCUCGAGUUCAAGUCAACAACGGGCCGCGCCACCACUGCCAUACUCAUCAUAUGGACCGUCUCUCUCCUUUUUAAUGCACCCGAGCUGGCGGUACUGACGACGGUGCAGACGGUGCCGCUGCGCUUUGGGUUGCGGCUGCUGGUGCAGUGCAUGCCCACCUGGUCUGCCACCAGCGACCUCGUCUGGCACGUCAUUAAGGUCCUCUUCAUCUACACGAUCCCUCUGCUGGUGAUGACGGUGGCGUAUCGACAGAUCGUGCGAGUGCUGUGGCGCGCAGACAACGUGCCGGGACAGGCGGAGACUGUAAAACUCGCCUCCGCUGAGCAAAGUCAGCUACGGUCGCGGCGCAAGGCGGCUAAGAUGCUAGUGGCUGUCGUCGCCAUGUUCGCUGUCUGCUACUUCCCAGUGCAUCUGCUCUCUGUACUCAGGUACACGCUGGACAUGGAGCAGAGCGAUGUGGUGACGUGCGUGGCGCUGCUCUCUCACGUCAUGUGCUACGCCAACUCGGCCAUCAACCCCCUCAUAUAUAACUUCAUGAGCGGCAAGUACCGGCGUGAGUUCCGGCGCGCGUUCUGUUGCUCUGCGCGGGAGCACGAGGCGCUGACCAGCUCGAGCCGCUCGCGUUCAGCGUCCCGCACCGCUUCGCGCAACAAGCGGCUCGCCGGCGGGUACCUGUGCCACCCCGCAGCUCCAGCUGCCGGGAACGUCUACAGGAACACCUACAUGUCCUAGAUGUAUACGUAUAUAGUAUAUAGGUAUAAUAUACAGCGAAAUGUUACCGUAAAAGUUAUAAUAUAGCACGUAUGUUUGUAGUUAUGACAAGUUAUAGAUAUAAUUGCAUUGUGAAAUUCAAACGCUAUUUCGUCCUCGAAUGUUCUUCAAUAUUAGAUAGAUAACGAGUUCGGACAUCGAUAAAUCAUAUUCAGCUAUGUUACAAAUAUGGUUUGUAAAUAGAUCGGUAACGACAUAAUAAAAA